AUGCUUCCAAUCCAAUCCAUCCUCAACCAUGGCACGACUCGCACAAGAUCUCCAUUCUCGCAACAAUCGGGGUCGGAGCUAUCAUCACCAUCGUCGGACUUAAACGACUCAAUGAUUCCUGGGCUGGACCAGCAACCGUUCCCCCGAAAAAAGAAGUCCCGGGACUCCAGCGACUUGACAUACACCAGGCCCCAAGGUGUUAUCAAGUACCCUCCCUUUGAAGACCUUGACAGAGAAGCCUACAGCCAGAUCCAGAGCUUUGGGAUCUAUCCGUUUGGCGAGAUUGGCCAGUACUGUGCCCACAUCCCCUACAGCAGCGACAAAAAGGACGUCUUCGAGAAGACAGGACGGGAGAGCUUCCAUGUUUUUGUUUACAAAUUCACCGAUCCGAGUGACAGCCGGGCGUACGAUGUGAUGUGGGACUACGUUGGUGGUUUCGUCCGUAUCAGCCCUUUCUUCAAAAGCCGUGGACACAAGAAGACCGGCCCGGCCAAGAUGUUGGAUUUAAACAAGGGACUGCGGGACGUGACGUUUCACAUGACGGGCGGGAACCGUGUGGCCCAAGGUUACUGGGUUCCCUAUCAAUGCGCAAGAGCAGUCUGCGCAACGUUCUGCUACCCGAUAGCAGGCGCGUUGAUUCCCAUCUUUGGCCCGACGUUCCCCGACGACUGCAUUCGACCCGGCACGGCCCUCUUCGGACGCAUGGUUAUUGAUGAACGUCUGAUCCGCGAGGCCAGUCAUGAGAUUACUGCCUACCGCCAUUCCAGUCUCAGCCUUACGAAGAGACCGACCAGUUACCCGCGUCAAGGGUAUCAACCAACCGAACACUCUCGACAGAAAUCAGAGCAAGAUCUGAUCAUCAACCCGUUUCUGGGAGCUGACUCUCGUAAACACCGCACAAGCGAAUCCAUUCAGCAUAGCCGAUCAGCCAGUGGCGGUAUGCCAUGGCCUGAUCAAUAUGGCACCGGGUUUGGUCCACCCCUGACUGACGAGAACCAUCUGCCUUCCAUCAACUCCGAGCCGGAGCCAGAUCUUCCAACCCACCCCAAUACAUUAUUUACACCCGUCCGACAACCGAAAAUAGACCAAAUUUCUGCUUUGCCAACAACUCAGAAACGAGGCCGGACAGAGAACGAGACCCGAUAUUGGCUACGCUACCCUGAAAGUCAGGAGAGACCCAAGCGACCUCGGCUUGAAGCAGAAGCAGACAUUCAGAGCAGAGUGCCCACAGCGCCUCGUAUCAAUGUUCAAAACGCAGUUCCGGCACUGCCAAGCCAUACACCUCUGGGAUGUUCUCUCGAGUCACGGCCGUGUGAUCAGAUCCAGUUGGAUCCCAGGCUGAUUCAGACUCAGCCCGACCCCAGACAUACCAUCACUCUGGACGGGAGGAAUUACUCCUACGAAGAGAUGGAGGCAGCAGCAGUUCUCAUGAACAUCGGCAAUUACUGCAGAAAUCAGGCACUGGGUUCAAACCCGAUAGAACCUCGCCCAAGAUACGGCUCCGUUUGA